UCUACACACGAAAGAGGAAGUUUUUAUGAGUAAACAAUGAAAGAGAGUGGAAAAGUUACAGAAUCCUUUUAUUCUGAUGUAUAGAUAUGAUCAAAUAUCUCAGAGAUUGAAGCACACGUGCUGUUUUAACGUUGCCUAGAGCUGAGAACUAUCAACUAACCCAACAUAAACAAACCCAAACAAACCUUAUGGCAGGAUCCGAGUCAAAAGCAGCUAAAGAGCUGACUGCAAUGAUGGAGACGACAAUGCAACAACUCCAGAGCAGGUUUCAGAAUUUAUCUGAGCAAAUCAUCUCCAAAAUGGAUGAGAUGGGAACACGCAUAGAUGACCUGGAGAAGAACGUCGGUGAUCUCAUGACACAAGCAGGAGCUGAGAAUCAUUAUAAAGCAAAUGGUUUUGAAGAGAGACCAAGCUGGCCAAAGCACUGAGCAGAAAUGUUGGAGAAGCUUGAGAUCAACACAAUAUUUGUGUGAUAAUCUAUGCAUGUAUAAUUCACUAGUGCCUUGUUUUCUAUAUAUGGUUUAGGUCUGAAAAUCUGGAUCUUGUACCUAUAAAGCAAUAAAUGAACUUGUUUA